CCAACACACACACAAAGUUCCACAGUGCCGAGUAUGGGUCAGAACGAGUCGACUUUCAAGCGUACGUAUGAGGAGACAGUAGCUCAACUCUCCAGUCUACAGCUGCAGGAGAUUAUACUCAAGUUUAACGAGCUCUACAAGCAGGCUGGAGGUUCUAAAGGUCACGUGGUGGACAGGGAGGCCUUUGCAAGAUAUUUCAACCUACCUACUACUGUUGGGGACCGUCUCUUUGAGGCUUUUGAUGAGAAGAAGAAUGGAAAAGUCAGUUUUGAAGAGUUUGUGUGUGGACUGGCCAUAGUGUUACAUGGAUCCUUCCACGAUCGCUGUGCUCUGGUAUUCCAUGUCUUCAACCUAGCCGGGGACGAGGGAGUCAGUCGCGCUGAACUAACCACAAUGCUGACCGCCAUUCUGCAGUCCACGGACACUAUCCUGUACACGGUGUGUGAGAGCGGGGGGGCAGUGCUCGGAGGAGAGGAGCGGGGCGAGGCCGUCAGUAUGAUGGUGACAGAGGCAUUCAAACAUUGUGACAUCACACGCACAGGGAAACUGUUACCAGUGGAAUUUGAGUACUGGUUGAAACGUAACCCUAAAGUGUUGGACUCUCUUCUCUCAUUCUCGACACAAGAUGACCAGUGUACCCUUGGACAGUUAAUCAUGUCCCCCUCCGAGCAGAAAAUGGGCGUGGCCGAGUCCCCACGCCAGCAGGAAAUGGGCGUGGGAGAGCCCCAAUGGCAACAGGAAGUGGGUGUGGUCUCUCCUGACAGCCGUGGAACUGAUUCUGGUGUUACGUUUAGAGCUGAACCGGAAAAGGAAACGACUGAAAACUUUGAUACCACUGAUGAUGCUAUUAUUGCAGAUUAUGUAACUGCUGACCACACCCACUCUGAUGACAUCACAACUGAUGACGGACCCCCCACUGAGUCGUCCAUCUUUGAACCUUUAAACCCACCACCUCCCAGCAGCCAGCCUCCGCCCAUCACGACAGCAGAACCAGGACCCCCCACAGCCCCCACGGGAUCCCCCCUGGAGCCGUACCUCGGGGAGGAUGAUCGUCUCGCUAGCAUCUGGAUACCGGGGGAAGGAACAAAGGAACUGCUGACUCAGCACAGUCUGCCUCCGGACCAUCUCACUUGUCCUGCACUGGGGGCCGACAUCGCCAUGACUGACCCCAUUGGAGAGUUACUGGCGGUCCAUUUCCCUGAGGCAGAGCGGAGACCACUCCUCACGGUGGACAGUGUGACAAUGGACGUCCAGGGGCUCAGGAAACUGGUGGCUGGUGGGUGUUUCCAGGGCGCUCUAGAUCUGACUGCUCGUUUCCUGUCAGCUCACGGUCAGGGGGCGGGGCAAUCUGGACAGCCCACCCUCCACACACACAAGACACUGCAGAUGUGGUCAUCUCGACUGAGUCUACUGCUCUAUAUCGGACUAUACAAGGAGGCGGAGUUUGAGCUAGAGGAGUUCGGAGAAUUAGACAACCCUGACCUCUACUACCAGCAUCACACCCACACAUAUCCCGGGAGAAAAGGCAGUUUGGUACCAUUCUCGAUGCGAGUGACUCAUGCCAUACUGCCCUCACUGACAGGCAAGGCACAGCUCUCUCUUGACCGGCUCUGCUCACUCAAACACACUUCUGAAAAGAUUCUUGAGGAAGUAAAGAGAGGCAGACUACCCGGAGUGACCACACCCCUAUCAUCACAAGACCAGGAAGUGGCUACUGAGCUAUGGACAUGUCGGGUGGUACGGGUUAUAUACUCACUGGGAAAUGCUCUAAUCUCAUUGGCCGACUAUCACACUGCUACGCUCGUGUAUAAGGACCUCCUCCCACUCUGCCCAGACCACACCCACUACAUCCUGUCAGGCCUCGGACGACUUUAUCUCACGUUGGGUGAUCUGCAGACUGGACGGGAGUACUUCAAUCAGGUGGAAGAUAUGACCAAUCAGGACACUGCCCUGGUACACAUCAAUAGGGCAUUUGUGAAUGUAUCGCUGUCUCGGUGGCAAGCAGUGAGGGACUGCUUCCAAACAGCAUUGUCCUUUGAACCCACCAGUCUGGUUAUCAAGUCCAAUCUCACAGUGGCCACAUUCUACCUGGGUCAUCUUAAAGAGUCCAUCGAGCGUAUAGAGACCCUCCUCAAGUCAUCCCCACCCUCCAGUCUACAGUCCUCUCUAUUUGCUAACCUGGCAGCUGCCUACGAGUUAGAGUCAGGCAAGAGCAUGACCAAGAAGUUGAACUUUGUACCCUUGCUCGGCAGCCAUGUGUGCGAGGGAUUCCAGCUGCAAGCACUAAACAUUAGAUAAUGGAGCUAUAAAAUUAUUGUGAUAAAAUGGACAUUAAUUUAUGUAAUUAUUAUUAUUAUUUUAUUUGUUGGCAGAUUUAUUCAUUUUCAUUAUAUAUAAUAACAAUU